AAUAAAUAUCAAAAAAUUAUCAAUCAAAAAGUUAGGAACUAAAAAAAAAGUUAAUCAAAAGAAAUAUCUGAAAGCAUUCAAUAUUAUUUGAUAAAUUAAUUAAAUUAGAUUUAAAAAAUACUUUGCUUUUCAAUAAACAAACAAACUCUCAAUUUUAAGGAAACUAGUCACCAUAAAGUCGACCAUAAUAUUUAUUUCUUAGCCAAAAAAGAUUGUUAAUACUCAUAACGUCUGCAUAGAUAGACAAACAACACAGAAUAUUCUAAAUAUUUAUACAGAUUAGCUGCAAAAAACAUAAAAUAUUAAAUCAUAUCAUUUAUUAUAAAAAUGGGGAACAUGAUGUGCUGCGAGCAAAGUAAUGUCAAAUAUAAUUAAAAAUAAGACAAACCAUCAAGAAUUCAUUAUCAAAAUUAGUCCUAGGCUUAAAUUUAUUACACAAAUCCAGCAACUAAGGAUGAAGAUUUCACUUUCAAUGAUAAAAUCAAGUUAUAGUCUUAUAUGAAUAAAUAUGAUGUCAACUACGUCCCUAACUUUAGCGAUAACACAGAAGGAAGCUGGUGUUAAGUCGCUCAAAGAUUAAUUACAGAAAUUAACUAAAUAAAUACUGAUCCUGAUUGGAAUGUAGCAAAUUCUAAGUUAGGUUUAGAAGUAAUUUACUCUUAAAAGGAUGAAAAAAUCAUAUUUGGAUCUAAACAAGUACCCGCAAAGUUCGUCAAUUAGGCUCUCAUAAAUAUAGGAGUUCCCAAUAGCUACUAAUAAACUGAAUCUAACUCGAACGUACCUACAGAAAAGUACUAAUCUUUUAGAAAUUCCACAUAAAAUUCUUUCUCAAACAAUGGUCCGUUAAGCAAUCCUGAUUUUAGAAGAAGCAAACAACCUCCCAGCCCAACUUAAAAUGUCUAAGUAAAUGGACACAGAAAAAGUAUCAGCAAUCAAAUGUGCAUUAAUGUUGUUAAAUUGGAAUUUGAAGUCAGCUGCAGUGCUGAAAAGCUCCUCAAAGGAUUGUAAAAUUUAAAAAAAUACACAAAUAAAAUUUAGAAAUAAACCACAAUUGAAAGCUCUCAAAACAAAGAAUUUAAUGUCUCCCACAUUAUCUUCGCUAAAUAAAUGCAAAAGGUUUAACGUGAUUUAGUCCUUGCUAGCUUCUACACUGAUAUAGGUCCUAAUCUCAACAACUGCUAUACAUCUGUUAACCAUCAUAAAGUGCCUGAAAUCGAUGAUAUUGUUCGUGCAUAAAUCAUAAAAGCUGGCCAUACCUUCUUUGAGCACUACGAAACAGCUGAAGAAAGAUUGACAAGCUCUUUCCACAAAAAUUAAAACAAAAGCAACAACACUCAGUCUCGCAAGCAAAGUCAAUUAAAUGAUGAAUCAACUUUCUAAAACGUUCCUAACCAUAACUAAACUGCAUUCGGCAGCAUGAAUUUAAAUAUCGGAUAAGUAAAAACCAAAGUAAGAUUCUAUGGAGAGUUCUCUUGCAAAAGCACUUUUGACGAAAAUGUUGUUAAAAUGGUAUUCCUCACAGAAUUCAAAGAAUAUAUAGCAAUCUGCAAAAAUAUUGCUCAAUAAGAAUCUAUUUCCUCAUCUGAAUAUGAAGGAGAAAGUGUAGAUCAUACUAUUGAACACAACGUAGACAUGAUCGAUUGA